AUGUUGUUUUCUCCUCAUAGUGCACCUAUUCAGGCGAUCGCUCAAGACACCUCUCAACCAGCCAGUCAGGUCAUUAUCCCCGCUGCUAAUCCUGCCUGGUCGGCGGAUUACCAGAUGUUGGACGACAAAAUAAGGGCUAUCAAAGGUUUCUCGGCCUUCGGCAUUAACGCACGAGAUCUUUGUUUGGUUCCGAACGUGGUGCUUCCGCAGAAGUUCAAGGUGCCAGACCUACCAAAGUACAAAGGGCUAAGUUGUCCUCGGAGUCACAUCAUGAUGUACUGCAGGAAGAUGGCAUCGUACAUUGACAAUGAUGACUUGUUAAUCCAUUGCUUCCAAGAUAGUCUGUCUGAAGCUUCUCUGGACUGGUAUAUGGGUUUAGAGCGUACUAAGAUCAGAUCCUGGAGAGAGAUAUCCGAAGUGUUUCUAAAACAAUACAAGUAUAACCUCGAUAUGGCACCGACAAGGUUGCAAUUACAGAACCAGGCACAUAAAUCUAGUGAUACCUUUAAGGAGUAUGCUCAGCGUUGGUGUGAGAUGGCUUCCAGGGUCAGACCAGCUUUAUCAGACAAUGAGCUCAUCGAUAUCUUCAUGUGUACGCUUCAAGGGCUGUAUUUUGAGAAGAUGAUUGGGAGUUCUUAUACAAACUUCGCAGAUAUGGUAACCAUUGGUGAAUGUGUAGAGAACAGGAUGAAAUUGGGGAAGAUCGUAGAUACCACUGCUCAGCAAACUACAAAUAAGAAGUCGUAUGCGGGUUUUGCAAAAAAUAAAGAAGGGGAGACAAGUGCUGUGACGGCAAGUGUCCACCCCCAGUAUCCAUUUCCAAUGGCUCCCAUGUCAUACUAUAUGUAUCCUAAUGUUGUUGUUGCUCAGUAUCAACAAUCGUCGUGUCAAUACCAACCACAGAACAACAACCAACAACCAGUAUCAACUCAGAAAAAUUAG